AAAAAAAAGUGAUGAAGCAGCAAAGCGGCUUCUAGAUGAGAUAAAGACCAUCAAGGUCCAGAAGAUUGCUUAAGGCCUUUUUUAGAGGUUACUUAAGGCCUUUAUUGAUUUGGAGUGCAUGGCAAGGUUGGAUAAGUCUGGUGAUGGAUCUGUAUACGGAUGAGCUGCUGCCAAUGGUGCAAUCCAGCAAUCUCACUCUGUCAUUUUCAUCUGAGAGCUCAAUUGAGGAAGAAUUGAAGAGAGAAAGUACAGCUGAUGUUGUAAAUAUAUUAAUAAGCUAUCUUGUAAUGUUUGCUUAUAUAUCAGUGAACUUGGGAGAUGCACCACAUUUGUCUACAUUCUACAUUUCGUCCAAGGUUUCUUUGCACAUGCCAAGGUUGAAUCUGUAAAAUCUAAGGAAGCAGCUGAACAGCGGAUGCUUAAAAAGAAAGCUGGUUUCCAUUUAGAUGGUCUGUGAGAAUGUUGUGGUCUUUAUCAAUUUCUUUCAAUUGAAUUACCUCAUUUUGUUUUUUCUGUUUUUCUUGUGUGCUUAGAUCCUUCUUAUCUGUGCUUAAGUGAUUAUUCUUCUUGUUGUCGUC